GUCUUCACAAUCUUCGUCUUCUCUCUGCAAGAUUCUGAGAUCGCAAAAUGGACGAUGGAGGAGCUAUUGAGAUACGACGUGAUGAAGAGCAACGCGAGAGACUUGAAGAAAUUCGUCGAUUGAACGUUCGUUUCUUGGUGGCAGUCGCGCUCUAUCUUUUCACCGGAGUCCGGAAACGAGCAGCUGGUUUCAUCGGUUCAGAUCCAAACUCGGAAGACUCGGUGGCGUUCUUUUGGGCUUCCAAGUUUAACAGAGCGGCGGAGUUCUCGUCUCUGAUGGUGAUUUCAACCCUCAUUACCUCUACGGUGGCGUUUGAAGGACCACGACGGAUGCGAAAUCUACUUGUCAACUGCGAUAUACAGCUUGUUCUGAGUUUCAUCUGCUUGUUGAUCUCGUUCGCUUUCUCGGCUUAUCUUUGCUGGUUUGUAUGAUUAGUCAUUACUUCCAUCUAUGACGUCACCCUGAACCUUCACUCUUUUCUCUUUGGAACUGUGCCUCUUUUUUUCUAUAUUUGGGUUUUGUGUGUUUGAACAUUAC